AUGUCUGGCUCCAAUCUACACAACGCUCUUCUCCGCCCGCCAAUAAUCCAGAUCCUGCGCGCAGCAGGCUUUCAUGCGACACGACCGUCCGUUUUAGACACCCUCGCUGACCUUACCGCUCAAUACAUCAUGAUCCUUGCUUCAUCUACGACUGCCCAUGCUGCAAACGCUCAUCCACAUGACCCUGUUCCGGUCCUCGAAGAUAUCUACCAAGCGCUGCAAGACGCAGGCGCGCUACGACCCCAGCUGCGAGAAUGGGAGGAGGACUGGCAGGGAGAAGAAGAUAUGCGAGGUUUAGAAGGCUUUCUGUCGUGGUUCACUGGGCCGGCCAACCGGGAGAUUCGACGGAUUGCUGGAUUUGUGCCCAGUGAAGGGGACAUGGUUGAUGCGGACGCUCUCGAGAAAGAAGACUUUUUGACGGCAUUGAAGAAGAAACACAGCAAAACCGGCGAAGAGUCGAGAUAUGCGGGCACCGUGCUCGGAAAGAGCGCCGACGAGCAUCCUAUCAUCAUCGAGGGUGGCGCGCCCAGUCUCCAAGACUGGGGUUCACAGAUGCGGUCGCGGGCGCCGUACAUGGCUGACAGCGAUUCGUCUGGUGUCAGUAGUGCGCCGAGCAACCUGUCCGAUGGCGAAGGGAUGGAUGUGUGA